CCUGCAGAUAUCAGCAAUAAAUGCAAAGGUCAUCGCGCUUCCAGCUGAGUUUGCACCAUGAAAACUGCGUGUUUUUGCCUGCUUCUGGCGAGUUUAAGGGGCGCAGCCCCAGCGGAGCCCCCCAAGGUUGAGUGUACCAAUUUGACGGUGAGCCGCGCGGAUUGGGGCGCCCGGCGCCCCUUCGCGGUCGACUACAGCAUCAUACCAGUCAGGAACGUAGUCGUCCACCACACAGUCACCCCAGGCUGCUCCAGCGGCAGCCAAUGCGCGGGCACCCUGCGCGAGAUCCAGAACUUCCAGAUCGACACCCUGGAGUUCCCGGACAUCGGCUACAACUUCAUGAUUGGCGGUGACGGGCGCGUGUACGAGGGCGCCGGCUGGCAUAAAGUGGGCGCGCACACGCGCGGCUACAACACCAAAUCCAUCGGCGUCGCCUUCAUCGGCAACUUCUCAGACGAGCGGCCCGACGCGGCCAUGUUGCAGGCGCUGCGCCGCCUGCUGGCGUGCGGCGUUGCCAUGGGCGAGCUGCACGAGCAGUACAGGCUGUUUGGGGGCCGCCAGGUGACCGCCACGGCCAGCCCGGGCAGUCGACUCUACGCCGAACUGAAAACCUGGCCCCACUUCACGCUGGACCCCCUUUCCAGCUAGAACUAGAAGCAAAUAAACGCGGGUGUUGGCAACCCCGCUUUUGGA